GGAAUGUGUCGCUUCGUCGCUUUAGCUGGUUUAAAAAUGGUCUGUCUUACAUUAAGAGGUUAUACUGGGUCUUGUAUGACGAAUUUUCAACGUUUGACAAAACCCCUAUGUAUUUUUUUGUUCGAUGGUGAUGGGGAUGGUGAUUAAAUAUUUUACCAAAAGAUAAACAAACCUGCACCGGAAGUGUUUUGUGCUCGUGCCACGUCAGGGCUAGAGAAGUGUUAGCAUCAGUGCUACAGCGAAGAGGAGUCUCUGCAGCUGUCUGCGCUUCCCCUGCAGCUUUCACCAUGCUGUACCUGGGGCUGAGCUGUUUACUGCUGCGUGUGUUUGUGGUGUUCGGGACUGAGCUCACGUUUGAGCUCCCCGACAACGACAAGCAGUGUUUCUACGAGCAACUAGAGAAAGACGUGAGGUUGGACGUAGACUUCCAAGUCAUUGCAGGCGGCAACUAUGAUGUGGACUGCUUUGUCACCGAUCCUCAGAACAAUAUCUUGUAUAAUGAGAAGAAGAAGCAGUACGACAGCUUCUCUCACACCACGGCUAUGGAGGGAGUCUACAAGGUCUGCUUUAGCAAUGAAUUCUCCUCUUUUACCCAUAAAACGGUGUAUCUGGAGUUCCGCCAUGGAGAGGAGGAACCUCUCAUGCCAAGCAUGACGAGAAGCACAGCGCUGACUCAGUUGGAGUCAUCUUGCGUCUCCAUUCAUGAGAUCCUGAAGGUGGUGGCUGACUCGCAGACAUGGUACAGGCUCAGAGAGGCACACGGCCGCGCGAAAGCAGAGUACCUCCUCGAGCGGGUGACCUACUGGUCCAUUGGAGAAACCGUCCUGCUGUUUGUCAUCGGUAUUGGUCAAGUCAUGUUGCUUAAGAGCUUCUUCUCUGAGAAAAAAGGCUCUGUAGCAGCCACCACUUAGAACUCGUAGUCUUGGAAACUCUCAUUUGUGAAUGCAGAAGUGCAUCUGCAGAUUAGCACACAUCCUGUUGUAUUUUCAGCAAAGCCUUUGUUUAAGGGAUAGGUCAAGGAGUUUUCCUAUUUCUGACUGCUUACCCAGUGCCCGACAAACUUGUGAAUGCCUUUUCCAUGUCCGUGUUGUUUUGUUCUUAACAAGCUGUGUUGAAAAGAAACGCCACUCAUAUUUGUCUUGAAAAUGAGAUUGACAUCUUUAAACCUUGCACACAUAAUUUAUUAUAUUUUUAUAGAAGUACAACAUAAAGCAGGUUUGGUUUGAUCUAUCUGUUAAUGACCAGGAUUGCCUUACAGUAGGACCGUCACAGAUUUUCAUCUUGAUACCCAGCAAUUACAGUGAAAGUUGGCACACUGCAGACCAAAGAAGUGUUGUUUGAUUCUGAAUGUUAGUUUUGAUUUAUUUUGUAAUUUUUUUUUAUUAUUACCUUAAUUUAUAUGCAUAAAAUCAUUGUUAUUGUUACAAGCUGUAAGAGGUCCGUCUCCCUCAUGUCCUAGUCUGUCUCACAGGAAGUGCCUUAAGAAAUAGUUUUGCUUUUUUCUUCAUUUCAUACCAAGUUGAAAGUUUACUGUUUUGAUUUGUCUGUUACGUGCCAUCCUGUUGUUACCGAAUGAGUAGAUUCUUAGUUUCCAUUCUUACGUGUUACAUUAAUAGACUUUGGAGAGUGACCAAUUGUUUUUGUUUUUUUCCCACCAAAAAAAGUUAUGUUUUCAGCCCUCAUGUGUUUAUUUGUCUGAUUGUUGUCUGUGGCGCCUGUCAACAGAUUUCAAUAAAGUUUGGUGGAAAGUCCUAAAUUU